AUGUCUUCGCCGCAAGAAUCUCUCUCAAUAAAUUCGCCUCACUCGCCCGAAUUCCAAGCAAAACAGACCUGGAAACCGCCUGGGCCCUUGAAUACUCCUAUCCUCCGUCUAGAAUGUUCCCUUGUCAGCCUUUUCACUGAGCAUACUUUGACACCCGGGAACACGGGAAACACAGAAUCCGGCUUCAGUCCCAAAAACGGAUCUCCACGGGGCCUUUUAAACGGCGUAUUAACCGUCCAGCGCGAGCCCGGCGUUGACCGCGAUAACAAUGGUCUUCUCAUCUCAUGGAAGAUAUCUAAUGAGCCGCGCUUAUUUUUCGAGAAGAUGCCAAAUGGGGGUAUCCUUCCUGGCCAGGAUACAUACGUAGAAGUGAGAUUCGCAGCGUGUCAUGACUAUGCGGUUGUGAUCGGAGAGGUAGUGCAGAAGGUUGUCCCAGCGUGGACUCUCAGGUUGCAUAAGGGAUAUGCGCGAUUCAUCCUGGAUCAGGCCGUGAAGGAAGUCAUGAAAGCUUCGAAUGAAGUCUAA